CCGCGCGCGCCCGCGCCUGCGCCCUCACCGCCGCGCGCCCGCGCUGUCUAGGAAACGGCGGCGCGCGGGGGGCGCAGGGGGCGGGGCAGGCGCGCGCACCGGCAGACGCAGCGCGGGCUCUCGGAUAUACCUGUUUCUACGGUGGCAGUAAAUACCAUGAUAUCCUAAACCCACAUGCCUUUUGAGAAGAGGUAGAAGACAUGAAUCCUAAAGAGCUGAUUUUUCACUACAUGCAAUCUAUAAGAAUUUUCAUACAAGGAUAAAACAGGUGCCUGACGUCUGUGUACAACCUGGUCUGCCUCACCUUCGUUCAAACUGCCGUCCUAUAAAUCAGAUUUUUGACGUGUAACAGAACACAAGACUCAGCUGCUGCAGCCUGAAAUACUUGAAAACUUUUGAAAUACUGCAUAUCUAACAAAGUUCAGUUUUUGUGUGAAUGAAAGUUUUAUUGAGGUGCUGUUUUUCACCCCCAAUCUUUUCACCAAGAAUGAAACUAUUUAAAAAUUAAGAUGCCAACAGAUCACGAGGAGCCCUGUGGUCCCAGUCACAGGUCAUUUUGCCUGAAUGGGGGGAUUUGUUAUGUGAUACCUACUAUUCCCAGCCCAUUUUGUAGGUGCAUUGAAAAUUACACAGGAGCACGUUGUGAAGAGGUUUUUCUCCCAAGCUCCAGCACCCAAACCAAGAGUAACCUGUUUGUAGCUUUUGUGGCAGUGGUUGUUCUGAUCACCCUCACCAUUGUGGCUCUCUACUUCCUUUGCAGGAAGUGCUACCUUCAGAGGGCCAGCUCAGCUCAGUGUGAUAUCAGCCUGGGGGAGAUGAGCAGGACCAGUGCCCACCACAGGAUCGAACUCACGACUGUCUGCUUUCAAGGCAGGCGCUUAUGCCACUGAGCUAAAUCCCCAGCCCCCAAAUUAAUGUUUUUAAAUGGUUUUGAGACUUCUGCUUCUGACUAAAGUGGAAGAGCAGGCACUGAAUUUAUUUCUUCUUACUUGAAAUGAUAAAAAAUUGACAAAAGAAUGAGCCUGAGAGAUGGAAAAGACAUGAAGUGAGCCUAAGACUGCCUUUUGUUACUGCCUUAACUGACUUGCAGGCUGCAGCACAGGGUAAAUAUGUAAACUGAGCUUGGCAGAACACCCAGACUGAGAAGAUAGACCUGAGAGUCAUGUGAAAGUAUUAAAGGCACCCAGAACUCACACCAGAGAAAGCAUCUCCUCCUACUCAUCAAAGUAAAAACCUCUCAAUAUUCAUAGGACAUGAGGGAUAAUACAUAAGAGGGUGUUUCCCAGUAGUGUAGAUGAUUAGUCCUAUGUUAAGGGUUGCUUCAGCCCAGUUUACAAAAUUAAAAGCAGGAAGAGACAGAAACAAACUGUUUCCAAGUAACUCCCUCUCAGAUCAGAGGAUAAUGUUACAAAAAGUAUCCAGUACUCAACAGGAAAAAUUCAUAGUCUCACAUUCAAUAAAAAAAUAAGGAACCUGCAAAGAAGCAAGAAAUCUGUUUAAAAUGAAAAACAAUACCAUGAAAUUCAAACAGAUAUUAGAAUCGAACUAAAGACUGACUCUCUAAAGAGAACAAAGUCUGUCAGCAAACUCCUGAUUUUAUCCAUAACCAGGCCAUAACCUGUUCCUCAGCAGGUUGCCUGUGACUUGGCCUGCAGCUCUCGGAUCUCUAUCCUCAACAGACCUUAGACUUCCCAUACUACCACAGUUGAACUGGUCAGUUCCAUAAAAUAAACAUGCACAUCCUAUCGGUUGUUUCUCUGGAGAACUGUUAACAUACACACUUAACUAUUAAUAGUGCUCUGAGAAGAAACAGACCCACAGUUAUAAUCAGAGAUUGCAAUAUCUUUCUCUUAAUGAUGAGUAAAACAGAUUUUUUUUUUUAAUACUGUGGAUGGAACUCAUGACCGUGCUUGAAAGGCAGGUGCUUAUGCCACUGAGCUAAAUCCCCAGUCUCAGGGAGAUUUUUUUUUUUUUUUUACAAAUGAAGAUAUACUAAAUUUUAACAAUACACAGCCACAUCAAGCAGUCAAACACUGUAAAACACUCUGCCCCAACAAUAGCAUGCACUCAUAUAUUUAUCAUUAUAAACAAUAUACUGACCUAUAAUAACACAUCUCAACAUAUUUUAAAGGAUUCAAUUUAUAUAAAGUUGCUCUCUGACUAUAAUGGAUUUACUUAAGAAACCAAUAAUAUCCCUGGAAACAUCCUCAAAUGUUUGGAAACUGAUUAACACAGCUAAAUAAAAAAUCUAAGGGGAGAUUAAAAAGCCUUUGGAACCAAAUAAAAAUGAAAGAAUACCUUAUCAAAAUUUUUAGCACAGUGCAAGAACAGCAAUUGGAGGAAAUUUCGAACAGUAAAUGUCUAGAAGUAUUUUGAAAUGAUGGUCUCAUCUUCUAUCUGAAACAAUGAUGGUCUCAAUUUCUAUCUGAAAAACUUAUGAAAAAAAUCCAAGGUAAGCAGAAAGACAUAAAGGCUGGUAUGGGAAUCACUAAGAUAGGAAACGAAAGAACAAUAUAGACAAGAAAGUACUAACACCAAACACUGGUUCUUUGAAAUCAUUAAAAUUUGUAAAUCCCUUAGCAUACUGAUUGGAUCAAAAGUAAAGAUAUAAAUUAACAACAUCAAGAAUAAGUCAGACAUAAUUAAAAUUAGAAAUUCCAUACCACUCAGCUAUUCCUCUGCUAGGUAUCUUCCUCAAAGAGCUUAAAUGGGGAGGGUUCAACAUGGCUGAAUAGAGAAGGAACCACGUUGGAGUUGCUCACAGAAAAUCAUCUAAAAACACAGGUAAUUGGAAGAAAGGGAGGGACAUGUAUCUCGACGCCAAAAUCAAUCUGAAACAAUAGAUUUGGAGAUCAAACAAAACAAAGGCAUAAGAGAAGAAACCACCAUUCUGGGAAGUUCCCGUGAAGCUGAUGGACUGCAAUAGUAUGGCAAACCUAAGUCACACAGGAUAAAUUUGGAAUAUAAGACCCCUCACUUCUUUUGCUUUCCUCCAAACAAUGUAUACUGCAGCCUGGCAACAAAUUUUGCUGGCAUACAUAUGGGUAAUGACCAAAAAGCUGGUCUCUCACUGGCUGGCUGCUAGUUUUUUGUUUUGUUUGUUGUUGCUUUUUUGUCAUGCACCAUAGCAGCUAACUGAAACUUCUGGCAACAGAGUUAGAGACUGGAGCUAUGGCAGUGAAGGUAGUGAGUAGAGCAGUACCACCUCUCCUGCCCCACUCCCAGAAGCAUGAGGGAUGUGGACUUCAACAGUCUUAAGUCACUGGGGCAAUGAGUAGGAGGUUAGCACUCCCCUCAAUGUAGAGUUGGCCGACAGCAAGCCCCCCCCAACACACCACCCCACCCCACCCCUAUCCUGCCACCAGUAGUGCAAGAAAAGUGACACACCAGCAGUGUAGAAUGGAGGAGGCUGUGCAAGGGCUGGAAGGAGCUGACUGUACACAGCACUGGGAGCAGUCUUGGGUUAUCUCUGUCCAAGGCCACCACAGCAGCUGGGAGAGCUGUGCAGACCACCACAGGACAUACAGAAGAUUGCUAGGUAAAGACUCUGGCCCCAGUGCCCACAUCUGGAGGCUGAGAUCAGUCUCACACCCAGCACUAAUCCUACUGGACUUGGCACCUGGCAGAGAUUUGGGCUCAAACUUGGAAACUGUCACAGAACUGAGGCCACCAGAGGAAUUUUAUUAUUGUUGUUUUGUUUCCCUUUGUCUUUUUUUAUGGCUUAGGAUUUUAUUUUGUUUUCAUCUUUUUUCUCUCUUUACUCCACUGCCUUUCUUGAUUUUUUAGUAUUUUCAUAUCAAUAUUGUCUCUAGUCUUUCUGCUUCACUUAAAUAUUCUUUUGGUUUCUCCAUUCUUUCUGUUCUGUCAUCUUCUCCAGUUUCUCAAAGCUUGGAUGAUCAUCCUUUGGCUUCAGCUUUGCUUCUACUGUAUUUUUCUUCACUUAUCUCUUGUUUUUCCCCUUUCCUUCUUAAAUUUCCCUCACACAGGGUAAAAUCACUCUACUGAGAAAUCUCACAGCAUAUAAGUUCCAGGUUUAUAUAGGAUGUUGUUAUAUAAUAGUAGAUCUUGCUCCUAUGGUUAAAGAUACCAAAUUCAUAACACAGUAUCAGUUUCUAGGCUGUGCUUGAUGAUAUUAUUUUGCUAAUUGUAAUACUUUAGCCAGCUUAUACCUGUUGUAAUCAGUUGUUCUCCCUUGUAUGACAGCACUGUUACUGUCUAAGGUCAUAAUCAUCAUCAUGGUCCAGUAUCAAAGGACUGGGUGCUAAGCCAAAUACAGAGGAAUUUUUCAUCUCUAAUAAAAUGGGAAGAUAGGAUCUUGAGACACAUACAAAGGCCAAGAACUAACCAUGGCUAGGAGACAUCUCUGGGAAAGAGACAUUUCCAGGAAGCCUCCAUGCUAGUGAUAAAAGCUACCUACCAUAAGCAACUUAUAGGCAUCAACACAGAAAAAAAUUUUAAAAACAGAAAAUUACAAGAUAGAGAAGCAAAAUGCAACCCAAGAUUUGCAGUUCAUCUAGAACAAAUCCAGGGGAAAAUGAAAGGAAAUCAGGCCACCCAUCUGAAUUUUCUGGAAUAGUAGCAGUGGGGAAAAAAUAGAAUAUCAACAAAAUCAGAUAAAAAUAAUCUCUCAGGUUAAAAAAUGAGAUGUGAUCAAAAUGAAGGACUUGCUUAGUGAAUUUAGCAUAGACACAGAUAAAAAAUAUAGGAGCUUAGGAACAUAAUAGAAAUCAUGCACACCCAGCAUACAAAAGAAAUGGAAUCCAUGAAACAGAUUCAGACAGACACCAGGGGAUUAAAAAUUCCACUGAAGGUAUACACAGCCAGUUGAACCAAUUGUGAAGACAAGACUAUCAGCUCUAGGAGACAGGAUUAUGGUUAACAAUUUCAAAAAGGAAGAUUUCCUAAAAGUAGUAAGACCCAUGAAAUGUUAGUCCAACAACUUCAAGAUAAUAUAAAGAACAAUAUAAGAUUGAUUGGAGUCAGUGAGAAAGCAGGAGAUAGUACAGAUGACAAAAAAACGUUUACAGAAGUCAUGGCAGAAAACUUCCCAAGCAUGGAAAAUGAAUCUGACAUAAGUGAGGCAUAGAGACUCCAAUUAACUAUAACCAAAAUAAAUCUACACCAAUGGAUAUAAUAAUCAAAAUUGCAGAAACUCAGCAUAAGAACAAUAUUAAAGCUGUUAAAGAAACAGAAGUUCUAUAAAGAAAAGAAUCACAUCAGAAUCACAACAGAAUUCUCAACACAAGCACUCAUGUCAAAGAAAGACUGAAGUAUUUUCAAAUCUUGAAAGAAAACAACCUCCAACCCAGAAUGAUGUACCAUGUGCACCCUGCAAAACUGUCUUUCAAAAUCAAUGGAGAAAUAAGAUACUUAAAUGAUAAAGAAGAACUGAAGAAAUUGAUGACUGUGAAACAAGCUCUGCAAAAUGUUGUGAAAAUAUUUUAGAGAAAGAUAAAAUCACAAUUCUAAGAACACCAACAGAAGGUAUGAGGCAAAGCAAGCAGUAAACAGAGGGGAAAGACAGGGAACCAAUGACAGGAAAAUAAUAUGACAAAAGGUAAAUCAGUAUAUACUAGUUAUAAUAGUCAAUAUAAAUGGCACAAAUCCACCAAUCAUAAGAAACAAGACUGUCAGAAUCAAGAAACAGGAUCCAAUAAUAUGCUGUGUACAAAAACAGACAAAACCAUUUAUCUCAAAAACUCAUAGACAGAAAGUCAAAGAAUAGAAACCAAUAUUUCAUGGAAAGCUAUGUGGGAGGGAGGAAAACCAUGAGCCAGCAGGGGUGUGGGCUGGGAGACAAGACACCCUCCCGCUAUAAGCAACCAGCUGUUCAGAGGAACACAGACUAAGAUGAUAGCAAGUGAAAUAAACAAACAACUUAAUGCUUUAAUUGUCUGAUUGACUUUGCAGGCAUAAAGCUGGUAGUCUCAGCAUCUCUUUAGAGGUUAACUGUAUGCAACACCACAACUAGCGGGAGUUUUACUCUAUCUUGUUUUAGAAAUCUAAUAUUGUUCUCACUGUUGUAUUUUGUUCCAUUUUAUUUUAUUUCCUUUAAAAUUAAAAAAAAACUUCAUGACAGGAACCCAUAAAAAAGCAGGUGUAGCUAUUUUACUUGCAGACAAAGUAAACUUCAAGACUGAUCAAAAGAGACAAAGAAUGUCAGUACAUACCUGGUUAAAGGAAAACUCCAAGAAGAAAAACUAUCAUAAAUAUGUACCAAAUACCAGUGCACUCAACUACCUAAAACAAGUAUUAUCAUGCAUGAAAAAUCAAAUAUACACUGUCACAAUCGUAAUAGAAAACCUUAAUACCCUACUGUCACAAAUACACAGAUCAACUAGACAAAUCAAUCAAAUAACAGAACUGAACCAAACCUGUGAACAAAUGCACAUAGUAGAUGUCUAUAGGGUGAUCCACCCCACAACACUGGAAUACACAUUCUUCUCAGCUGCACAUGGGAGGUUCUCCAAAACAGACCACAUCCUAGAUUAUAUAUCAUGCUUAAGUGAAUGCAAAGAAUUUGAAAUUAUUCUAUGCAUAUUAUCAGAUCAUAGUGCAAUACAAUUGGAAAUCAGUGGCAAAAGAAACUAACCUUCAUAAACACAUGGAGACACCUUCCUGAACAAUCAAAGGAUCAUGGAUAAAAUUAAAGAAGAAAUUAGACAGCUUUUAUAAUUAAAUUAUAAUGUCAGUACAACAUACUGGAAUUUAUGGAACACAAUGAAAACAGUCCUAUGAGAGAAAAUUAUAGUAAUGAACUCUCACAUCAGAAAAAGUGAGCUCAAACAACUUUUUUUCCUUUUUGAGACAGACUUUAACUAUAUGGUUUAGGCUGGCCUUGAACUCACUUUGUAGCCCAAGCUGGCAUCAAACUUACAGUGAUCCUCUUGUCUCAGUCUCCUCAGUGCUGAGAUUACAGCCAUGCACUACCAGGCCCAGCGUCAAACACGCUAAUCUUAAGCCUCAAACCUCUAGGAAAAAAAAAGAACAAGCCCAAAACUCUUACCAAAGAUAAAGACUGGAACCCAAAUUAAUGCAGUUGAGAGAAAGAAAACAAUACAAAUAAUCAAUGAAUUGACUUUGUUCUUUGAAAGAUUAAAUUAAAUUGAUAAUCCCUUAACCAACCUUACCAAAAUAAAGGAAAGAAAAGACUCAAACUAUGGAAAUAAGAAUGAAAAAGGUGAAAUCACAAGAGAUCCUAUAGAAAUCCAGAAGAUCAUCAAUAUGCACUUUGAGAACCUGUAUUCUAGUAAGAUGGAAAACACAGAAAAAAUGGACAGAUUCCUAGAUAUAUACAAAUUAUCAAAACUGAAUCAAGAAGAUGUAAAAAUUCUAAGUAACCCAGUAUCUUUCAGUGAAGUUCAAGAUGUAAUUAAAAACUUACCAACAAAGAAAAGCCCAGGUCCUGAUGGAGUCAAUGCUGAAAACUACAAUAAAUUUAGAGAAGACAUAAUGCUUCUAUUUCUCUGACCUUUUAAUGAAAUUGAAAAGUAAGAAAUACUCUCAAACUCAUUCCUGGAAGCAAGCAUUACCCUGUUACAACUAGGAUUCAUCCCAGCAAUGCAGGGAUGGUUUGACAUAUGCAAAUCAAUAAAUGUUACAAACUAUAUCAGCAGAGCCAAGGAUAAAAAAAAAUCACAAGAUCAUUUCAAUAGAAGCAGACAACGUCUAAUACCCAUUCAUGAUAAAAAAUUAUCCUACAGAAAACUGGAAUAGAUAGCAACAGCCAUUAUCAGACUAAAUGGUCAGAAACUGGAAGUUUUCUCUCUAAAAUCAGGAACAAGACAAGGAUGUCCACUAUCACCAACUCUUACUUAAUAGUGUUAGAAACAUUAUCCAGAGCAUUCAGACAAGAGAAAGAAAUAAAAGGAAUAAGUAUAGGAAAGGAAGAACUUAAAUUAUCAUUAUUUACAGAUUAUAUUAUACUUUACAUAGAAAACCCCAAAAACUCCACUAAAAGACUUCUAGAUUUAAUAACCAAAUUGUGUAGCUGAAUACAAAGUAAACACUCAAAAAUCCAUAAAAUUCCUGCACACAAAUAACUCACUGAGAGACAAAUUAGGGAAACCAUACCUUUCACAGUAGCAUAAAAAAAAGAAAUAGGAAUAAGUCUAACAAAGGAAGUUAAAAGAUCUUUACAUUGAAAACUACAGUACUCUGGAAAAGAAGAUUGAAAAUGAUAUCAGACAAUGGAAAGAUAUCCUUUGUUCUUGGGUAGGUGGAACACAGUGAAAAUGGCUAUACUCCCAAAAUUGUUGUACAAAUGUAAUGCACUGUCACUCACAAUACCAGUAACAUAUCUCACAGAAUUAGAAAAAAAUAUCCUAAAUUGCAUUUGGAACCAGAAGAGACCUAGAACAGAAAAGAGAGAGAGACAGAGACAGAGAGAGAGAGAGAUAGAGAGAGAGACAGAGAGAAAGAGAGAAAAUUCUGGCCAACAAAAGGCAGGGAACAUUACAAUCACAAACUUGAAAUUAUAUUAUAAAGCUACUAUAAUAAAAAUAACAUGGUACUGGCAAAAAAAUAAAUAUGGACCUGAGGAUCAAUGGAACAGAUCAGAAUAGAAAAACAAAAACAAACAAAAACACCACACUCAGACACCUUAUUUUUGACAAAGGGGCCAAACAUUUUUAUUAGAAGAAAGAUAGCCUCUUUAAUAAAUGGUGCCAGAGGGGCUGGGGGUUUAGCUCAGCAGCAUUAAGUGCCUGCUUGGCAAACACAAGGUUGUGAGUUUGAUCUCUGGAACCAAAAAUAAAUAAAUAAAUGGUGCCAGAAAAACUAACUUUCAACAUGCCAAAAACUAAAACCUGACCCAUGUCUCUCACCAUGCACUAAACUAAAAUAGAAAUGGAUUAGAUCUAAAGGUUAAAACAGAAACCAUAAAUCUGCUGGGAGAAUAGAUAGAACUCUUCAGAGGUAGAACUCUUCAUAGGUAGAACUGUUCAAGAAAUAGGUGUAGGCAAAGUCUUUGUGAACAUAACUCUGAUCACAUGGAAAUAUUACAAAGACCCAACAAUGGAAUGUCAUUUUAUUAUAAAGAUUUUACACAGCAAAGGAAAUCAUCAACAGAGUGGAGACCCAUAAAAUUUUUUGCCAGCCAUUCCUCAAAGGACUAGUGAAUGUUAGAACUCAAAAAACAAAGCAACAACACAAAAACUAAAAAACCCAGACCGUCCAAAUUUGAAGAAUCAAAUGGGCAUCUGAAAUAAAUACAUACUUCUUAGAUGAAGCUGUAGAAACAGCAAGUUAUUAUAUGAAAAAAUGUUCAACACUAGUCAUUUCACAGAUGUAACUUAAACAAUGCUGAUGUUUCAUCUCCAGAAACAAUGGCCAUUAUCAAGAAGUCAACAACAAAUGCAGGAGGGACUCUAGGGAAAACCGAACCUUUCUCUACUGUUGGCAGGAAUGGAGACUGGUACAAUCACUGUGGAAAGCAGUGUGAAGAUUCCUUAAAAAACUAGGAUUGGAGGUCCCAUUUGACCCAACUAUUUCCCUGCUGGGUAUCUUCCCACAGGAAUUAAAAACAUAAAACACCACAACAAUGUAUGUAUACCUAAUGUUUAUAAUGGUACAGUUUAUAAUAGCCAAAUCUUCAAAACAGUCCAUAUGCCCAUGAACCAAUUAAUGGACAAAGAAGACAUACUAAUAAAAUUAAAUUAAAAAAUAAGUCAGGUGACAUUGCUACCAGUACUAUACACGUCAAAAAAAAAAUAAGGGAAGAAUUCAACAUUUGAGAUUAAAUACACAAAUUAUUUGAAGAUAAAGUACCAAAGAACUCUCAGAGAAUUAACUUGAAUAGGCUCAUAACCAUUAAAGAAUUGAAAUGUUCAUGUAGAAACUUUCCUAAAAAGAUAAUUCUAGGCCUAAAUGGCAUAGUUGGUGACUUCUGCCAAACAUUCAAGGAAGAAAUAACUUCUAUACAAACUCUUCCAAAAAAGGUGAAUACUGAUAGGAUUAUUUCCAAAAGAUGAAAAAUAUUUCCAAAAGAUGAGAAGUAUAAAACAAAAGAGGCCUUUAUUCUGAGAACACGGAGAGAGAUGACUGGCACGCCGGCCGCUGAAAUCUGGUGAUCUUUCUCACAGACACGUGGCGAGGGGGAAUAUAAGUAGCCUAAGCUUAGGGCAGUGCCCUAGGGCCAUUAGAGAUGCACAGGUAUUUCAUUGGCACACGUUUGGCACCAGGAGCAGAUUCCAAAGGGUGUAAAUCUCUAGGGGCAGGGGAGACAGGAGCUCCCUAAUUCCGGCUGAGGCUUUUUCUGGCUACAGUGUCCUGUCUGGGUCAACCACCCUUUAAAAUACAUCCUAUGAUAACAGCUAACUAGUAGUUGAACAACGUUGCAAAAAUAGUACGUGGGUAUUUAAAAAUUAGUCAUGGUUUAUAUAAAACAUAUCCAAUUACAAGUGGAUAUGGAAAAUAAAAAAACCAGUGUCAUCUGCAAUAGUACCUCAAAGUACAUAGGAAUACAUCUACCAGAAAAUGUGAAAGCCCUACACCAUGAAAUUUGUAAAGCACUAUUAACAGAAAUAAAGACUUAACUAGAUGGAGGCAUGUGCUAUGUGAAUGCAUUUGGAAUAUCCAGUAUUCAGUCUGUUCUCCAAAGUGGUACCAUCCCAGGCAAAAUCCCAGCAGGUGUUUCUGUGGCAUUCCACAAACUGACUCUAAAAUUCCUCUGGAAAUGCAAAAGCCCUGGAAUAAUGAAAAAUUUGAAGCAUAAAAAUUGAAAACCUCAACCUGUGAUUUCCCAGCAUAUGUAACAUGUAUGAACCUCAGAGACUUUGUGAAAUAAGCUAGACAUAAAGUAUAAGUAUUUUAUGAUAAACUAUUUUGAGGUACCUAGAAUACCAAAUGCACAGAGAUAGAAAAACAGAACAGUGAUAACAAGGGGCUGGGUGGAGAAUAAUGGAUUUACUGCUUAAUAGUGUUCAGGAGAGGUAGUGCUGAUGGUAGCAUAGUGUUAUUUUACUUAAUUCCAUUGCACUUAAAAAUGAUAAAUUUUGUUACAUAUGGUUCGCCACAAUGUCAGCCACACUGAUAGAUGCCGUAUCAGGUGAAGCACUGAACUUUUAAUGUGCUCAGAGUGGUCACUUAAAUUAUCAAAUAAACUGAGAUAAUCUAUUUGCUGUUAUUUAUAAUUGAGUUGGAAGCAUGUAUUUUUACAGUUUGGGAAGUUUGCUGGUCUUUACUGUAUUCGUAGUCAUAACAUUAAUGUGUUAGCACAUUAAUGCGUAAAGUACUUGGUGACAAAAUACUCAGUGAAAAAGUUCUCAAGACUGACUGAAAAUCUUUCCUGAUCAUGUUAAUUGGAAAGGUCAACACAGACCAGGAACUCUGUGACCUAACAGGAAGUCUGUCUUCCAAGCUUGUAGGAAGGAGUGUCCUGCCAUAAAGCCUCAAAUUCACAUGCAUCUGUGCUUGUAACUUAGUAGCAUUUCUCUUGAUUUUUCUCUUCUCAGAAUAUCUAAUGGGAUGGUAAAAAUGCUGAUUUUUUUAGAAACCAUGUUCAAACCAUAGACCUCUUCCUGUUUAUAAAGACACAUUUAUAAAAAUAUAGGAAAUGACCUUACAGACUUUCAUUUGUAAGUAUAUUCUAGUUAAACUUGGUAAAGAGUUUUAGAAUUUAAUAAUGUUUUGGUAAUAGGAACUGGGCCCAGGGCCUUCAUGCUGAGCUACAUCCAAGUCACAUAUGAGACAGUGAGUGCCUCACCAAGUUGCCCAGGCCCAGAUUCUCCUGCUUCACUCUUCAGUGCUGAGAUUACAUGUGUACACCAGCAUAUCUGGAUAUUUUUUAAUGGAGGAAAAUGAUUUUUCAUAAAAAUAGUUAAAACCCCAGGGUAAAGUGAAUAUUGGGCUUAACUCACUUGACCAAAUGUUUUUUCAAAGUCAGACAAUCUCAGCCAAUAGUUCUAAAGCCAUAAUUGUAAUGGUAAAAGGAGUACCUUUUACCAAACGUGACACGGUCAUGAAAAUAAGUUAGCAUCUCAGCUAAAGAGAACUGAUUACAGAAAUUGGGACUUGCUAAAUAUCAGCUUAUAUUUAAUUAGGAAAAUCACAGCAUAAAUACGUUAAAACUUAUUCACAAAUGGCAUUCUUCCACCAAAAUUUCUCCUGCUACCACUAUUAAGUGGUAUUUCUGUCUAUCAGCUGCCCUCUGAUAGGUGUGUUGAUGUCGCCUCCUGUACUCCUCCCAGCAAAUCUCCAGGUAAUCUUCCCAACUUAUUCAUAAAGAGGACCCUAGCCUAGAGACCUAUCAUACACUUACAUUGUUGUUUUCCAUUUUGUGUGUAUGGGGUGGGGGUGCACAAGGAUUUGAAUCCAGGAUCUUUGUACUAAGCUACAUCCAAAGCCUGUUACGAGACAGUAUCUUCCUAAGUCACUGUGUUGCUCAGGCUAGACUAGAACUUUCAGUCUUCCUGACACAGCCUCAAGUGCUGGGAUUACAGAGCAUGUACCACAUGUGACUCGUCUCUCAACUGAAAUAAUGCCUUUGUGCCAUAAAUACAAGUAGAAAACAAUAAUACUAAAGUCAUGAACAUUGUCCCUGCAUGUGCCAGGUACUGCACCUCAUGUUUCAAAUCCAUCAGCUCAUGAUCGUAGCUACUGUAUAAGGCAGGUGUGCAAAUUUCACUAUAGAGCAAGAGACUUAAAGAGAAUAAAAUCAGGCAUCUGAAAGGUGCAGAACAAGUAUUUAAACCCAAUUCCAUGUUUUUAUCACUUACCCUACACUGGUUUGACCAGAACCUCAGUACUCACUGACUAAUCUUUGUGUACCUGAAGCAGCCUCAGUUAAGACUUUCAGAGUCCUAGUGUUUCUCUGAAUAUUUCCUUGUUACUCAUUCUAGUUCAACUGACCUUUGUAAUUUACAUAUCUCAGGAAGCUCACUAGGCCUGUUAGAACUUUUGAGUGACAAACAGGCAGAAAGGAAAAGCCGAAGCAGGGAACUUGUAGGGGAGUAGAAUGGAGACAGUGACACAGUUCUGCUCUGGGAAAGGUGGCAACAGCUUGAACUCUUGGAUAGUCUAGUUAAUUGAACU